AUGGCGUCCCAGCCCAGCGAGAUCAUUGCCCUGCUCGACGGCGUCCACCACGGGUCCUUCAACGGUGACGAGGUCAGUCGUCUCGAGGUUCGGGCCGCGGCGCGCCGCCUCCUUGCCAGGGUCGAGUCCCCGUAUGAACGGGCUUGGGGUUUCUGCUUUGAACACCCCGUCGUCUUUGCCGCUUUACAAACCUUUAUCGAUCUGGGCCUCUGGAAGGCCUGGACGGUGGGUGGUGGCGGUGAAAAGUCGGUGGAUGAUUUGGUCAAGUUGUGUGCGCGCCGAUUGUUCCGCCUUCUCGUUGCCUUCAACGUGGUAGAAGAGACAGGGCCGGACUCUUACAAGCCCACUCCCUUCUCCUCCUCCAUUGGCGAUGAGAGCACCAAAAGCCCCGACUACUACGAAGCCUUCACCGGCCACAUGGAGGCCUGGACGGCUUGGAAGACGCCCUGGACCAAAAUCUACGAUCCCAAGAAGCUCCUCGAAGGCGCCAAGCUCGGCGACGAUUCGCCCCCGCUCGUCGUCGACGUCGGCGGCAACACGGGUCUCGACAUCUCCCACGUCCUCAAGGCUCUGCCCGACCUGCGGCCCGGCGCCCUCGUCCUGCAGGAUCUUCCCGAGAUUAUCGCCAAGGCUCAGGUCGACGACAAGGUUACGGCCAUGGUGCACGACUUCUUCCAGCCCCAGCCAAUCAAGGGAAGCCGUGCCUACUUUAUGCACGCGGUCCUUCAUGAUUGGCCCGAUGCGCAAGCCACGCAGUUGUUGGAGAACACGCGAGACGCCAUGGUCAAGGACUACUCCAAGCUCUUUGUCUACGAUAUCGUGAUGCCGCCGACAGGUGCGAGCAUCAGCCAGUCGACCAUGGACGUGCAGAUGAUGAGCCUUCUUUCGGCCGCGGAGCGCACCAAGAGCGCGUGGGAGACUCUUCUCACGGGUGCUGGCUUCAAGAUUGUCAACUUUUGGCCUGACCCGCAAAAGUAUGAGAUGUUGAUCGAGGCCGAGGUUGCUUAA